ACUCCCUGAUAACAGCGGCUAUAAAUGGGUCACGGGGCCGGCUGCGGCCACGGCGGCCGGACAGGGCAGGGGACAGCGGCGAGAGGGUGAGCUGGGACACAGGGGGGGCACAGGGGGCUGCAACCAUGGGGGUCUGACAGAGCUCUGCCCUUCUCUCACCUCCACAGACCCUCUAUACUGCCACCAUGGCCUGGGCUCUGCUCUUCCUCCCGCUCCUCAUCCUCAGCCGCGCCAUCGCCGUGCCUGUGCUCACCCCUGGGCUGGCUGCCGGUGCCCGGGGGCUGCUGUCCGAGCUGGUGGGGCUGGCAGAGCCCAUCCCUCCGCAGGCACUGGGGGUCCCGUGCCAGACCCUCGGUCCUGACACCCUGCCCGGUUUCUCCCGGCUGCCCCCGCUGCCCCGUGGCCUGGCCCGUGCUGCCCUGGCCCUGGCGCUGCACGGGGCUGGCUGUGCCCCCCAGGCCGAGGCUGAGGCACAGGAGCUGGUGCAGGAGCUGGGGACCCCCACGGCCACGGCGCUGCUGCAGGGGCUGGUGCGGCUACCGGGCGCUCCGGCCCCCCGGCCACUGACCCUGCUGCUGCUGGGCCUGGCACACCCGGGGGGCUCUGCCUGUGUGGAUCCCACCCGGCUCCAACCCCCUGUGUCCGGCACGGAGCCCACACCACCCUUGGACCGGCGUGUCCGGGGGCUCCCGGGGGUCCGGCUGUGCCGGCGCCGGCGGCAGGACGAGGACACGGACGCCUGCAGCCCACCGGGGGAGCAGCAAGCCCACCAGGUGCUGGAGUGGGUGCCAGGAGUCAGCAUCUUCUACAACCUGGGCACCAGCGUCUACUUCGCCUUCCAGGGCUGCAAGGCCACGGCGUCCGCGCGGGCGCUGGAGGCCGCCGAGGAUUUGGGGUACGCCGGGCUGGCCGCGCUCACCGGGGGCCUGGGGGGCCCCGUGGCCAUGGGGGUGCAGAUGGGGCUGCAGCCGGGGAUCAAGGCUGGCGUGCGGGCGCUCAUCGGCUACUUCACCUCGGCCGGGGAGCCCUCGCCAGUGCCCACUGCCCACAGCGGCCCCGUGGUCAUCGUUUGAAUAAAGGCCAGUGUGAUAUCGCGUCCUUGUUUGCAUCAAUGCGGGGUCACCCUGCCCUGGGGCACCGGGACCUCGGCCACGUGG